CUUCCAAGAUGGCCUACGGAGGUACAGAAUGUUUGUGUGUGGAUUAUUUUUUGUUUAUAUAGUGUACCGACAUUUCUUUUGAAAUUUGUUUUAUCAAUAUUAAUUUGAUUAGGAUAGAAGGUUUUAUUUUUCAUGUAAUCAAUUUAAUCCUGUUAUAUAAAAUCAAUGGACUGAAUAAAAAAUACAAAACAUUGAAAUCGGAUUCUGAAUACAAAGCCAAGGUGUGAGGCAUCAGUUUCUUUUAUUGUGAUGUCAGAUUGUGCAGCUUUUUACGUUCAUUAUUUCAAAUCAUUUUCAUGUUGGAUACAAUAGUGAAUUAUUAACGAUAAUUAAUAACGACUAUUUUCUCUUUUGUUACAAAUAUUUCUAUGCACCUGAUGACUUAGUUCAGUAACAACUGUGGAAUGACUACAUUUAUUUGUGUAUUAUGAUGUGAUGUAGAGUGUGUAUACACCUGAUUUUAUUUAUUUGAGGGUGAAUAUCAUGUAAAUAAUGGAGUAAAUAAGUUAUAAAUGAAUUACACAAAGCCUAGAUCCAAUGAAGAUCUUUCUCUUCUUGGGCACUUUGGUAUGGAGUUUGUUUAUUUUACACCCUACGACAUGUGGGGCUUGCCCACCAAGGUGCACAUGCACAUCUAUAAAGAACAAGGCUGACAAAGAUAUUGUGGAGACACCGAGAGUUGGUCAGGGGAAAAAAGUCAUCUGUUCAGGGGACUAUAUACAAAUCUCAUCUGUGGCAGAAAUAAGAAAUCUACCGCUAGACACUGUAAUUUUGGAUUUAAGUAGGAAUACGAUUACAAUAUUACACAGAGGAGAAUUUAAUAAAUUAUCUGGACUCAAAAGACUAAAUUUAAGUAACAACCAAAUAACUCUGAUAGAACCCAAUGUAUUUGAAGGACUCCAGAAUCUGGAGAAACUGGACAUGUCUAACAACAAGAUUGGAAGUAUCAACAGUUCUAUAUUUACAGGCCUACCUAAAUUACAGAAAUUGAUUCUCUCUUCCAACAAGUUUAACACUAUACCAGAGGGGACAUUUAAUCCAUUGAUUUCUCUCAGGAAAAUAGAAUUUAUAUCAGAUUACUUGAGAUGUGACUGUCACCUUCAAUGGAUUGUAAAAUGGUCUCGUGAGAAGAAUGUAAAGAUUCAAUCCUCUACAACUUGUGCUGUCCCAAGUGAACUGAAAUCUAGACCUCUGAGGAAGUUAAAGGCAGAGGAUCUACAUUGUAAUCGACCAUUAGAACUUCCACUGUUUGAGAUUUCCCCCAGCACCAGUCAGGUUGUAUUUGAAGGGGAUAAGCUUCCAUUUGAAUGCAGAGCAUCAGUCAUAGACAGGAAUACAAAAAUGGUGUGGAUUCGGAAAGAGGAGAUUGUGGAAACAAAUAGAAAGAAAGGAAUAAUUGUGCACACGUCCAACUCACGUGAUCAGUCGAUCAUGAUUCAUCAUCUUGUACUGGAGGAGUUGUCUAAGAAUGAUUCGGGUAUCUGGCAGUGUAGAGUUACCUCCCCACAGGGAAAUGUCACCAAUAACAUCAGUAUCGUUGUCAUGCCAACAACAGCCAAAUUCUGUCCAUCCUUCACAACAACAACAAAUAAAGGUGUAUACAAAUGGCCGAAGACUGUAGCUGGAGUCCACAGUGAACUGGCAUGUAAAAUAGGUGUGGAUAAACUGGCUUCACAUUUCUGUUCUCCAGCUGGUCUGUGGGAAAAUCUCAAUGUAGAGGCCUGUGAAUAUACAGAUGAAAAGUUACGUGGAUUAAAAUCAUCAGGGCAAAAGUUUGAUGGAAAUGCUGAUGAUCUAGCAAGACAGUUAGAGACCUUGACCUCUGACCCUAGUCUGAACAGGUCACCUUACUUUGAAGUGGCUACUGGAGCUAUAGAAAGUCUGGCUGCUUUUAUACCAAGCAGACAAGAGAUAGCAGAAAGGGUUCUGAAGAUAGUGAGUGGUAUGAUGAACAGUAGUAAAACAGUAUUGAAACAUGGACAGGUCAAUGAUCAAGCUUGUUCAAGAUUGGUACAAGUAGUGGAAUCUAUCCCAAACCAGGUCACUACGAGACCUCAGGCUUUGUCCUCACAGAAUAUUGGUAUCUAUAUCAUGGAGGUGGAGGCCAGUCAGUUCACUGGGAUAAAAUGUAAUGUGGCAUCCAGUUUCAGUACUAAUGUCUGGUGUCAACAAAGCUUUGAAAAUUUCACAGACAAGAACUUCUUUGCCAAAAUUGGGUUUGUCUACUUGCCAAAAUCAUUAAUAAGGAACAACACCGACAUAGCAUUAGAUGAUUCUGUUACCUUCCACUUUGUGGCUUACAAGGAGCCUUCAUUGUUUCCCAUUACCGUCUCUCCAAAGGAUCCUUUAUUGCAGGGGAAAGUUCUGACUGCUGUGUCACCAGUACUGACUGUUAAUAUCUCCACCCCCAUCUACAACUUGACAGAACCUAUUGUGCUGACCUUUAAGAUCAGAGCCAAGUCAAAACAGUUAUAUUCAGCUUACUGGAACUUUGAGGCUAAUGAUGGCUUAGGAGAAUGGAAUACAGACGGGUGCCUUCUACACAGUAUUACCAAUGGGUCAGCUGUUGUACACUGCUACCACCUGUCAAGCUUUGUAAUUCUGGAGGAACACGUUGCUGAUGAUUUGGGUUUACUUAAAAUGUUACAUUUAAUGAAGCCAGCAGUAUAUGUUGGAAGCUGUGUGUGUAUUCUCUGUCUAAUGGCAGUCAUUGUUACAUAUGUAUCAUGUUUCAGAUUUAUAAAUGUGCCAAAGAAAAUGAAGCAUUCAGUGAUUAAUAUUUGCAUUAGUUCAUUACUUCUGAUUAUAACUUUUACAAUGGGUGUUAAAAGAAUGGACCAUUAUCUAGCCUGCCAGAUUGUUGGAAUAUUUAUACAUUACUUAACGCUAUGUGCCAUGUUCUGGGUGACUAUAACAGCUUACAAUCUGUUAAAGAAGUUUACCAAAUCUGACAAGCCACCAGCGCCUCCUCCUGACCCAGUUAACAUGCCGUUACCUCCUCAGCCUAUGUUACGCUUCUACCUCCUUGGCUACGGUGUACCCAUCAUUGUAUGUGGCAUUACAGCCGCUAUCAGUUUAGAUCAUUAUGCAGACUCUAAUUACUGUUUCCUACAAUGGGAUCCUAGUUUGGGUGCUUUUUAUGGUCCAGUAGCUUUAUUGGUGCUUUUCGAUGUUGUGUUCUUUUUACGUAUAGCAUGUGUUGUACAAGAUAUCAAACCAGAAACAAUUAAUGUGAUCACAACAGAUAUUGAUGACACUCAUCACAUAGAAUUAAAUCACAAUACAGAUGAGAUCACCACUGAGAUUGAAGCUUUAACACCAAUUAGACUGGCACAAACAAAGGAUAUGUCUGAUACCCAGUCAACAGUAUCAAGUGUAAUGGACCAAGAGAAACUACCUAAAUCCCAAUUAUAUUCUGUGGUUGGAAUACUUCUGUUAUAUAUGUUAUUCUGGGUUUGUGGUGCCAUUGCUGUCGCAGAACCAUUUAAAUUAUGGAUUCCUUAUCAAGAAGAUAUAUUCAGUUAUUUAUAUGCAUUUACUUGUGCCCUAUUUGGGAUUUUUAUGUUGUCCUAUUUUUGUUUGUCUCGUAAAGAUUCAUGCUCUAGUUGGAAGCGAUUCUUCCUGUGUGAUCAGCCUUUAGUAUAUGACAUGGAUUUUCAUGUGCCUAAUCAGUUAGAUGUUCCUAAUGGAAGUGUAUCUAAAGGGACGGGUGAAUCGUCUGUCCCUAUAAAUCAUCAUUAUAACAUCACUCAGGAAGAGAAUGAUAAGACAUUCAAGGAUAAAUCUCUCAUCAGUUUGGUGCCCGUUAAUUCAGUGACUGAUGGAUCAGUGACAAGUGUUCCUGAGAACCCACAAGUAUUUUAUAACCCAAAGCAAAACGGGGCUGCUAAACGCUUCUGGGAAAAAAGGCACCAUUCUAAAGUAAUAACCAAAGAUAUGUUUAAAAACUUCAGUGGAAGUGCUACUGAUUAUUUCUCAGGAUCUGAGGCCGGUAGGCCUAACAAAAUGUGUAAUGGAAAUAUUAGUGAUACAAACACACAUCUAAGUAUUGAAAUUCAAAUACAACCAAAGAAUGGUUUGAAUAGUAAACCAACAUCACCGAUCAAUUUUUCUCCAGGAAUGUAUUGUCAGCCUAUUCAACCACCAAAUGGCAUGCCAUAUCAGGCUCCCUACUUUUCACUAUUGCCAUUACACAGGAAUCAGAUACCUCCAGUAGGAGGGUCUAAUGUGGGAUCAAAUAUAGGGUACAGUUCCCCUGGUCCUGGGAGUCAGUGUUGUAGUGUCACGUCAUAUCCUGAGUCACAAGUCACAAGUACUAAUCGAUGUCCCAGUUCAUGUUCAUUAGGAACUAAAUCUCAUCCUAGUGCAUUUACUCCAGUACACCCUAAAAACAAUACACUACCCAAACAAGGCAAGGGUGUUAAACCAUAUAGUCCUGUGCCAGAUAUGCAGAGAAAUGGAUCCGUCCAACGCAUGCGGGACUUCGAUGGACAGAGUCAGAUAACUGAGUCAUGUCAGAGUGAGGAACAAAAAACAAUGCCUUCUGGGAAUAAUCUUAACUGCAAUAAUAAUAAGAUAACGAGAGAUUGUACUUAUAAACAAUAUGGAGCAAUUGAUGAUAACAUUGCCGAGGUUCAGAACCCAAUUAGUAUUCGUAGGUCAUUAUCAGGAGGUUCGGAUCAUAGUGCACGUAAUCAUCGUAACCAUGACAAUUUCAUACAGGAGGUUCAUCAACGAAUUCCUAAUGAACCAACAUCAAAGCAAAAAUCUCUGUCACCCCCGGGGUAUCAAUCUCUGUCGCCACAGGGUUACCAAUCUGUGUCACCUCCAAUUUAUCAAUCUCCGACACAAAUACAUACUAAGACUCCGAAUGGUGAUUUGUUAUCUCCGACAGAAACUAAACCUCUCAAUGGUAUCAUCCAUUCACCAGACUCUGAUAGUCAAUUACAAUUUAGAAAAUUUCGUGGAAAUGACUCGGAUCAUAAUUCUGAGCCUGCUUCUCACUCGUCUUAUCGGAGACAUCACAGACGUGAUCAUCAUCACAAAAGACAUUCUCGGCACAAAGGUUUACCUAAACCAAGGUCACUUGACUGGGACGAGGAAAAAAAUCAAUCAAAAAAUAAUAAAGCAAUACCUUAUGUUUAUGUGAAUCAUAGUUACACUGAAAGGGUGAAGGAGAAACUUAUAUCCAAAGGACUAAUAGAUAGACAAACCAAAUCUUCUAACAGUAUUAAUCGUUAUGCAGAGUACGGUCCCAUGAUUGAAGACGAUGAUAGUUCUACCACAAGUUCUGAUGAUAAUGAUUAUUAUGGGCAUGAUGUAUGGGUAUUACAGGGGGCAAAGUCUAAAAAGUCCAAAAAAGAAACCAGCGUGUAAUAUAUAUCUAUUUUAAAAGCAAUUAAUUUUCUGUAUGAUCAUGAAAAUUUUAUGUUAAUUCAGAGAAAUGAAUUCAUAAAACUAAGACAAUCCGACAGGUACACAAUAGUUUUAAAAUAUCUGAAUAUUAUUGCAAUGAACAUCAAUUUCAAUUGUUUUGAACAUUUGAUGAAUAGCAUUUUAAAACUGUUUUUACAAAAUUUCUUGUCCAAUGUCAUGACUGUUUCUUAGACAUUUGCAAAAGUGUUUUUAAUUAUUAAUUUCAAAAUUUUGUUCUUUUCUUCAAGAUGGUAAAAAUGCAAGAUACUGUACAUGUAUAUUAACUUUUCUAAAUACGAUUAAAAGGUUUGAUAAGGAAUUGAAAGCAUUCUAUAUACUGCUUUUUUCAUUAAAUUUAUGUUGAAAUAUUGACUAACUAUUCAAUAUUAGACAAGAAAACCAGUUAAUUUUAUUCUCUUUUUUUUUAUCCAAACUACAUAAGUUUUUAACCUUUCUUUUUUAUGCACUUUUUUAUUAUUUAUUUUCAUGCUGGAGCAUUCUUACUUUUUAUGAAAAUUUUAUGCAUUUUUAAUGACAUUGUUUUGUGUAAAAUGAUAGCAAUAUAUAUAUUGAUUGUGAUCCUAUAUGGUUGUAAUAUUUUCUAACCCAUUUAUUGGUCAGUAUUUUGACCAUAAGACUACAAGUAGUGAUUGUUUAUUGUGAUUAUGAACUUUAUUUAUUUAUUUUAUACAACAUGUUGUAAAUUCAUUGAUUGUCAUAUUUCACAACAAUUUUUAUUUUACUUUUAAAUGAAUGAAAAAAAUAAACAUUUUCUUGAUUAAAAAUGUCAACAUUAUUAUCUCAAAAUACUUUUAAAAACAUGUAAAUAGAUAUUUUUUUUAAAAAUAGGUAGCAAUGACCUCAUUCUCAUUUAAUUUACAGAAACCCCUCAGAACUUUAGGUGCUUGAUGUGAAUUUAGUAACGAGAUCUUAGAAAAUUAAACUUUGUUUAAGAACCAUUUUAUAUUACAACUUACAAAGUAGCUUCAAACAUGUCGGACAUGGCUAGCAAAAAAAUUCAACAAAAAGCAACAUUUGAAACAGAUACAACUGUAUAUUUACAUUCAAGUAAUUCACUGUAGAUAAUAUAACAAAUUUAAAAUAUGAUCCUGAUGAAAGAAACAUGUGGAUUAGUAAAUUUCUUUAUAAGACUCUCUACAAAUUUAAAAUAGUUGAACUAAUUUGACUUCUAUAAUGGUUUUCACUGCAAGAUUACACCACAAGGACUCCUGACUUUUGAUUAAAAACGAUUUCAAUAUCGAAAAAUAACUAAACUUGUAUUUUGUAAAUGUAGUAGAGGAACUAUGACAAUCAAUGAACAUUAGAUAUCUUUAUUGUAAUUUAUAUGUAUAACUAUCAUGUAUUCAUCAGAAUAAUCAACAGGACUUGUGCCAUAGUAAUUAAAAUACCAAAAUAUAUAUACAUAUAGAAAACAAGUGUUAUGGGUAACAAACAUUUCAAGAUGACAAACAGAUAUUUUAACUUAAGAUUUCAGCUUGUUAUGCCCAAUGGCAAAUGUGAAUUGGACUAUUAUCAUGAAUAUAUAUAAACUAUUUUCUUUUUAUAUGUGUAGCUGUACAUGUCAAGCCAGAUUUGGUUCAUUUGUGUUAAGUCUGUUUUUCAGAAACCAGUUUAAGUAAACCAGUGAUGUUUCACGAUAUAAUAAAACAAUAUGUGAGCUGUGUUGAAUAGAAAUCAAUCUUAUGCAAAUGAAUAUUAAGGCAUCAUUAAACCUAUUUCUAGUUGAACAAAUCUCUAUGCAAGGUCUCUUUUAAGAAAGUGUUUGUCGUCAAAUGAGUUGUCAUAAAAGCCUGACAAAACAGAUUAAAACUUAUCUUUUUUUUCAAUUUCGUAUGUUUCAAAAUCCAUGAGUUUUAUACAUGCACUUGCAUAAGGUUGAUUUCUAUCCACACAGCUCAGUCAUGUUGAUGAGGAUUUAUUUUUAAAGUCACAGACAAAUUUUGAUAUAUAUGUUCCAUUGUUACAAACCAAUGAUUCUAUGUCAGUAAUACUUUUAUAUUGCAUCUACUACAAAUAUAAUGUUAUAUAUCUUCUUCAAUCAAACCUGUAUUAACCCAAGAUACUUAUAAUCCUAAGAGCUGUGCUUUUUGGAAAAUAUUGGUUUUGGGUUGGUUAAGGGUGUGAUAUUGAAAAAGCCAUAUCAUAUACACUUUAUUAUUUCCUUAAAAUAAAUGGUUUCUUCCUGUAUGGGUUUGAUAAUAUAUGUGCAACCAUGACUGAUAUCAAAAUUACAAUAGGGAAAAUUUCAUUUUUAACUCUUAACAUGUCUAAGGUGAAAUGUUAUUAAUGAAUUCCUUGAAAAUGAAAAAAAUCAAUAAUAUGUCAAGUUUUAAAAUGUCUUUAAAAAAAUAUCAACAUAGGUUAAAGUGAGAGAGAAAAAAUGUGGUCCCAAUACAUAUUUUGCAUAUUGAACAAUUUGAAUCUCAAAAGAUAAUGGCAGUUUGUGAACCUAGAGAAACAGGUGAAUUUAUAACUUUACCGGUGGGAGAGGAGGGGGGGGGGGGAUAAUUCUUUAUUUUAAAUGGGCUUUAUAAUGACAUGUGUAAAAAGCUGAUAUAAUCAUCUUUUUUAUAGGAAUAGAAAGAGGCAACAAUUGACAAAACUUGCUUAAUACCUUUCUUAUCUUCUCUCCUCAAUCUUUCCUAUUUCACUUUUUCAUAGGAAACCAAAGAAGUUACAUUUUUACAACAGGUGCUUGCUUCCUUUAAUUCAGAUCUCAUCAAUACAUAUAUCUCACUUAAACCAUUGACAUUGUAUACAGUAUGUUAAGUUAUUUUUCUUUGGUGCAAAAAAGAACCUAAUGUGUGUAUUAUUUCUCAUGUGUAAUAGAUUUUCUACAUUUUAAGUUAUCAUUGAUAUAAUUUUUAGUGAUAUAUUGUACAUACAUGUAUUUGAUGUAAUUGUAAAGAGAUAAAAUGUACAUUAAAUGGUGCUAUACCUGUGAA